AUGAAUAAGACUUCUCAUUUGGAUGAAAUUAUUAGUAAAAUACAUAGACAAUCAUUAAAAAACUUACAUCAUUCAAGUCCUAACCUCUCAAUAACAAAAACCAACAACUACCAUUAUUAAUAAUUGCAUAAAAGAUUAAUGAGUUCCGUAUGUUAAGAAUAAUAUUCCCCAACUUAAAAGAGUGUUGUUUCUACAUUAAAAGAGAAAUUAGGAAAGCGUAUUAGAUAAUAUAAUACAUGUGAAGAUGCUUCUAGCUUUCAGGAUUUAAAAAACAUGUAAGCAUAAUACUAGAAUAAGUAAAGUGCUUGAAUCAUGCUUAACCACUGAAUGCGCCAAUUGUAGAGAAUUGACAUUUACAUCAUUCCUUCGUAUACUUGAACGUAUGGAACAACUAGAGUAACCAUUCAAAAUAGUUCUUUUUGCCGAACUGAAAAAAACUUUCUUACUGUUGGCAAACAAAAUACAAUCUGACAUAGAUACUCUUUCCUAACAUAUUUUAAAUCUUAAUUCUGUUAUGCAAAUAAAAAAUGAAGAAAUUUUGAAGUUAAAACAUUCUUUGUAAUAGACAUAAAAAUCUAGAUAUGAAGAUUUCCAUCAAAUUGUAAAUACUUUAAGAUAAAAGAAGAAAGAUUAAUAUAAAAUUAUUGGUAUUCAUAAAUCAUUGGCUCAUCAGGAUAAUGUCGAAACUUGUAAAUUAAAACAUGAUAUAAAUGAACCUGUUGAUGAAGAAGAAUUAAAAUUUAGUUCUGAAGAAGAUUCUUUUCCUUUUGGUAAAGUAAAUCAAAUAAAUAUUAGUUGAUCCUUCCACUUUGAAUUAACCUAUUUAUAAGAAAGGAAUAUCAUUAAAUCUUAAGCCAGUUAAAAAAAAAGCUCCAAAAGGGUAUUAAGAUGAAUUUAUGGCCCAAAUGAAUGAAUUCAGUGAAAGUUGGAGAUAACAAGCUUUAGUAGAAAAAAGGUUUUGA